UACUGUAUGCAUUCAAUGAAGGGAAACUCUGCAAAGAACAUUAAAGGAUAAGUUGUUCAGGCCACCCAUAGGCUACAGUCUAGUUUAAUCGGUGAUCACCAAGGAUACGCGUCCAGUGCGUGUAGGAAAUGAGCAGUCCCGAUGCGGGUUACGCCAGUGACGACUCGAGCCAGACCCGAGGCACCAGCUCAAUCUUAAUGUCUGGGAUGAGGCAGUGCGCGUGGUACCGGCACAGUCCGCUUACUGACACGAAAGCAAAACACGAGAAAUGUUCUUCAGCGGGUCCCAGUCGCGGAAAGAGCGAGCCGCGCAUCCGCAGGCCGAUGAACGCAUUUAUGGUGUGGGCGAAAGAUGAGCGCAAGAGGCUUGCGCAGCAAAACCCAGAUCUGCACAAUGCAGAGCUUAGUAAAAUGCUUGGUAAGUCAUGGAAAGCUUUACCAAUAGUGGACAAACGUCCAUUUGUUGAGAAGGCAGAAAGUCUCCGAGUGAAACAUAUGCAAGACCACCCAAACUACAAAUAUCGGCCACGGCGUCAUAAACAGGUGAAACGAAAAAAACGACUAGACUCCAACUUUGUGCUUCCUGGGGUGGGGGAUGCUCAGACCCCUUUAGGCAUGGACGGCAUGAGUGUUGGAUAUUCAGAACUGUCCCAAGCUAGGCUGCCUCCAUACUGUGAGACCCAGACUUUGUUUGAGCCCUACAGCUUGCCUACACCUGACCCCUCUCCUAUGGAUGCUGGGACAACAGAGUUUUUUGCCCAUAUUCAGGACAAUCACCAUCAGUCAGGAUACAGCUACUAUAACCACCAAGAGCACAACUUUCAGGAAAACACAAACAUUCUCACCAACAUGCAUACUAACAUGAAAUCACUUACAAACACACAUUUUCAUAGCAUUACUCACAGCAGUGUAAACACACACACCAAUUCUAACUCACACACUUCCAGCAAUACACAGCCUAGUCUAAUGAACAAUGCACACCCACAGCAGCUUUUUAAUGAGAGUACCAAACCACAAACCAGUCACAGUUCUGGUACUCAUCUUAAUUCCAUCGCACACAGCUCUUCUUCUCAUCAAGCCAUGCCUCCUGUUUACCUGAACUGUCCUUCAACUUUAUUUGACCAUUAUAGUUCCAACUCUCAGUUGAAGUGUUCUUAUGAGGAAUUGUCACUGCCUGUUGUCCAUCACCCAUAUAAGCACAACAUUACUGAGCCACACUCACAGGCUCCUGCAGCAGUCCAGAAUCAAGGUUCUAGUGAAAUGGUGGAUGUGUUGGAGUUUGAGCAAUGUCUCUCUUAUGGGGUACACCAUGUACCUUUGCAGGGGUCCAAUUUAAUCUCAACUGUACUGUCUGAUGCUAGCACUGCUGUGUACUACUGUGGCUAUAGUAAUCCCUAAUGAGAUUUUAUAUCCUUUUUGAUAAAACCUGAAUCACACAUAGCCUGGUAAUACCAAACUCUGCUACUUUGCUUGGUUGUACGAGUUCUGACGUAGUCGGGCUAAAUCAUAUGUAUUUUUAUUGUAACUCCAGACACUGAUUAUUUUCAAUGUUCAAUCAAUGAAAAUUUAAUGACACACCCUUUUAACUAAUAGAGUUAUCUAACUGAAAUUUCAGAGGCCUUAAAAUAUGUUUUCAAAUAUGUUUAACUUUGUGUAGUAGCUUAAUGUCUUUAAAAAUGGCAAUAUUAAAUCAUAAUUUGAGUUUUGUUGAUUUUAGUCCAUGUUUGUUUUCUCUGAGGCCAUCUAUAUGCUAGUGUAUACUUUAGCAGUUGCACAUUCAAAAUCGUCUUUCUCUUCCUGUAAAACAGAUCAAAAAUACUAAUGACAUAUCUUGCUCAUGAGGCAAGUAAAAAUGUUGAUCCUGUACUCUCUACAAAGACAGUGUCCUUCCCAAUACCACCUUCCACCUA